UAUUAUCGCAUCUUAAUGGAUCUUUUUGAUUUUUCAGAAGUUGAUAAAAGAAAAAAAUAAAGCUCCAUCAACCAACUAAUAUCAUCAUACCCACAAUCAAUUUCAAUUUCAAUUCCAUCCACCCUUCAUAACAUUCUUUUGAUUAAAUUGCAUUUCUAGCCUCUCAUCAAUCUAAUUUUUACAUUUUUAUCACACGCUAUUGCGAUUUAAUCAAUACUAUAAAUUAAUUUCUCUAAAUUCAAAAAUCUUCGAGUCAUCAUACUGGAGCUUUUUAUAGGGGUGAGCCGAUGAGUGGGUGGCAUCCAUUGUAAAAGAGGAAUGGACUAAUGAAGUCUUUGAUUUGGAGCUCAUGAGAGAUACGCCAACCAUAAAUGAUGAGUUGCUUAACACAUUGAAACUAGCUCUGCAUUGCGUUGAUUUCUCACCUGCAGCAUGUCGUGGCGAUGAUGGUGCUAAAUUUGCAGCAACAAUUGAAUAGAUUUUCUUUAUUCGUUUACAGCAUUUUAGGGUGCAAAUGUAAUACAUAUGAUUAUAGGAGAAAGGGAAAGAGGGGUUUUAACAUGUACAUUAAUGAUGCGGAUGAAUGAAGACACACAAAGCCCUGUAAGAAAGAGAACUGUUUUCUGGCAAUGUUAGAACCCACUGGACUUUCAGUUUUUAACCCAAAUUUUCAGUCGUAAGGGAAUGCAAGACCCUGUUACACGCAAAUGCCCUUUCUCUCUUCAUCGCAUCUCAGUCACCCCAUAGCCAUAACUCUCUGUUUCUCUGAGCUCUCUCACGUCAUGGGCGAUCUGGUAUUGCAGAAAAUAGCAAUUUCUGGGCCAACGCUGGCCUCAAUGAUCCAACACCUAUCAUCUUCCCCUGCCGACUUAGACGGCCUCCUUUUCGGCCACGUCACUUGCAUAGCCCCUUCUACCCUCUCCGACGAUUCCGUCCAAUCUACCCCGGAUUCACAACUCGUCGCUACUAUCUCCAGCUUCCUCUCCUUCCCUUCCCUUCUCUCCUUCUAUGACUCACUCGGCCGAGUCGACUCCUCCCGCCUCACCCUUACUAACCUUAAUCAGAAACCCCUCAUCGGCUGGUUCUCCUUUCGCCGGAAAACUCCCCUCCGCCCUUCCAUGCGAGAAUCCUCAGUCACUCGUUCCCUCCCCUCUAACCCCCAACUCUAUCUCCCAGUCCAAAACGCUAGCUCUGAAUCCCUUUUCGCUCCUUCAAUUUUCCUCCUCUUCACCACUCCUCUACAAGACCAAUUCAUCCAAACCUGCCAAUAUCGGGCGUUCCAAUUCCAAUCAUCGAACCUCUGUUUUAAUCCCCUGCCGAUCGAUAUAGUCAACAUUGGACCUGCGUUUAGAGGACAUUACGGGGCGUUUAGCCCCACCUCUGCGCUUCCCUUCUUGAACUGCGAGUUAAGAAGCUCAUCGGCGAUCAACGAAUGUAGAAAUGAGGAAAAUUUAAUUGGAAUGAAGCGAAUAGCAAAGGAUCAAUCGGAGUUGGAUAUGUGCGCUGAGGGAAUGCAAAUCGGGAGAUUGAAUCAGUUGAUUGGACCGGAAGCCGUUAAUUAUACGGCAGGAUUAGAGGAUUUGUAUGAAAAAAUGCUUUGUAAAAUCGAAAGCUUGGCCAGGCUCGUUGAAGCUAGCUCAGCUAAGGUGGUUGAACAGGAGAAUCACAAUAGAAAGCUAAGAUACAAAGUUGCUAGGUCUGCUGGAUUGGAAUAAUUGCUUCCUUUUGUUUUCUUUUCAAUAUCCUGCCAGGUUGAGUUGCCUUGUAUUCACUAAAGCUUCCUGGAUUUGAUAAAGGAGUGGACUAGACAAUAUUCUGGAGCUGAAUGACAUGUGCUUUUCAAAGGGUUUGAUAUCUCUCACCUGAAAUCAGUUUGCAAAUGCAGAAUUUUGUGUUAUUUCUGAGGCAUUACGAUUCACAUGCAUGCUAUGUUCUUCAUAUGUCACAGAAAUGCAUAAUUUAUAUAAUGUUUUAAGUUGCAAGUCAAGGUUGUUAUCAGCUUUUUCUUUUAAUAAUUAUUCAAACUAGGCUUUAGGUAUCAAAACAUUGUGUAGAAUGUAAUCAUUAUGCUCCGUUUGAUCAUUUGGAUUUGGAUUUCAAUUAUUAUGAAAAUGGUAAGAAUGAAAUGCAUAUAUUAUAGUCAAA